CAAUAACUCACAAAAUUCCACAAUGACUCUCCAGGGAUCUACCGAGAACCACCGUGCCCACAAGGUCACCCACCGCUUGGCUCAGCUCCGUAACACCCCCCCGGAGUUGUGGCCCAUUUUCGGUGUUUUGAUGGUUGGAUUGGGUGCCGCCGUCUACACCAUUGCCAACAAGCUCAGGACCGACCCCCAUCUGCGUCUUUACCCCUCCAGAUACUCUGGAAACAAGAGCAGGAACUCUGAGGACCACAAGCAUUAA